UGGCACGAAGGGAUGCUUAGCUUUCUAUAUAUUACUAGCCGUCAUACUGGUGAUUACCUUGCGGAGAUACUAUUCGAAAUCUUACAAGAGUUCGAGAUUGAGUACCGAUUGACUGCAAUUACGUACGACAAUGCCUCGAACAAUAAGACCCUAUACAAUGCGAUUCCCGACUCGGAGAUAGGAGAGGAUAAGGAGGAGGCAAUCGCGGAGUAUAAUCGAGCUAGCCGUCCCGAGCGAUUUCCCUGCUUUGCACAUACUGCCCAGCUUCCCUUAAAGGCCUUUUUCGACCGCCUAGGGCUCUGUCCGACUAACGACCUUUCCGAAUACUAG